AUGGCUGUUCUAGAGCUGCUUUAUGUCCAUAAGAAGCGUAUCUGUAAGCAGCAUGUGCCGGGCGAGGGACCAUGCCGUUGCUAUGCCAACACAGACAACAUUUCCUCACACCCCUCCCUCUCUCCCUCCCCCCCCUCAGCGCUGCCCAUCGACGUCGUGCGUAACCUCCACGACGUGGAAAUUUACGAGGCGGAAACCGCGAACUUCGAGAUCGAGCUGAGCCGGCCACUGCCGGUGUUCAAGUGGUUCAAAAAGGGCCAGGAGCUGGCGGCGACUGACGACAUCAGUAUUGAGCAGGACGAGCGAACGUACAAGCUCGAGCUGCGGAACUGUGUGAUGAGCGACAUGGGAACGAUCACGUUCGAGGCCGGACCGCUCAAGCCAACGGCCAUGCUUAUUGUGAAAGCCCUGCCCGUGGACAUAAUAAAGGGUCUUGAAGACGUUGAAGUGUUUGAGAUGGAGACGGCGAGUUUCCAGAUCGAGCUGAAUCGGCAGAUUAAGGACUUCCGCUGGUUUAAGAAGGGAGAGCUCCUUGAGAAGGGCGACUCUGUGGAGUACAGUCUUGAGGAGAACACCUACUCGCUCCACCUGCGCGACUGUAAGAUUUCUGACAUGGGCACGGUCCGCUUUGAGGCCGGUCCAGUCAAACCUACGGCAACUCUGAUCGUCAAAGCGCUCCCUAUCGUGGUGCGGCGCGAACUGCAGGACGUGACUCUGUACGAGCACGAGACCGCAGAGUUCGAGAUCGAGCUCGGACGGCCCAUCGAGGAGUACAAGUGGUUCCUCAAGAACAAACUCAUGGAGGCCAGCGACAGAAUCAUACUCGAGACGGAUGGGGCCAAGUACAAGGUCACCAUCAAAGACUGCCUGCUGAGGGACAUGGGAACGGUUCGGUUUGAGGCCGGGCCGCUCAAGCCCACUGCAACUCUCAUCGUCAGAGCUCUCCCUGUUGAAAUCGUGCGCGAGCUUGACGACCAGGAAGUUUUCGAGACGGAAACAGCCGGAUUCGAUAUCGAGCUGAACCGCUCUGUGGCUGAGUACCGCUGGUACAAGAAGGGAGAACUUCUGGAGGCCAACGAUGAUGUCAAGAUGGAACAAGAAGGACCGACUUAUAAACUCUUCCUGAGGAACUGUAUGCUGCAGGAUAUUGGCAAUGUCAAGUUCGAGACUGGAAACCUUAAAUCUUCUGCCAUUCUCAUGGUCAAAGCGCUCCCUGCCGAAAUCAGGCGCAACUUGCAAGACGUAGAAAUAUUUGAAGGCGAAACCGCGACGUUUGAAAUUGAGAUGGCGCGACCCAUCGAAGGCUUCAAAUGGUUCCGCAAGGGGCUGGAGAUUCAGCCUGAGGACGACAUCACCUUUGAGCAGGAGGGUCUGCUGAUUUACAGAGUUAUCCUGAAGAACUGUCUUCAGAGCCACACAGGCAAUGUCAAGUUCAUCACAGGACAGCUGCAGUCCACCGCUUCACUCAUUGUCAAAGCCAUCCCGGUUGAGGUUAUCCGUGACCUGGAGGACCAGGAGGUUUGGGAGAAGGAGACGGCGUCGUUCGAGGUUGAGCUUUCCCAGCCUGUCUCGGACUUCCACUGGGUGCAGAAGAAGGAGGAACUUCAUCCGAGCGCCAGAGUAGAGUUCCAGACAGACGAGAACACUCAACGCCUCGUGAUCCACGACUGCAGGGUGGAGGACAUCGGCCCCAUCAAGUUCAACACCGAGACGCUCCAGCUGUCUGCCAUUCUCAUGGUCAAAGGUAUCACGUUACCGACCAGCACGUGAUCGAAGGAGAAGAUGAUGCAGUUUUUAAUGGCGGCGCAACACGCAUGAGCGGAGUUGUGGGAAUGUUCACUCGAGCCGACAACAAGAUUUUUUUUAACUUAGUCUAUCAUUCUUAAA